AUGGCUGCCGACACGAGAGAGCCGCAGCCCAACGAGCUACCCAAGGGAGUCGUCAUAGGAAAAGAUGGCAAGCCUUGUCGGUCAUGCACUUCGAAGAGGGAUUUUUCUACGUGGGCACAGAUGACUAAAUCCUCGCUCAAGUCCGGUGGUAAUGCUGCGACAGGCGCUGCUGUUGGUGCUGGAGCUGGCGCGGUGGCCGCUUCUACGUUUUCGUCGCCGGACGAUUGUCCACCGGACGUAGAGACGCUGGGCCGAUGCACGUGGACCUUACUGCAUUCAAUCGCCGCGACGUAUCCUAAGACGCCAAGCGCCGCCCAGCAGUCCGACCUCCGCACAUUCAUGGGAGUUUUCUCAAGACUGUAUCCGUGCUGGGUAUGCGCCGAGGAUUUCCAGCGGUACAUGGAGAAAGACCAAGUCAAAGUCGGCAGCCGCGACGAGUUUGGCAAUUGGCUGUGCGAAGCGCAUAAUGCUGUUAAUGUCAAGCUAGGCAAGGAGAAAUUUGACUGUUCUAAGUGGGAGGAAAGAUGGCGGACCGGUUGGAAAGACGGGCGUUGCGACUGA